GCUUCCGCGUUCUCUCUAUUUAAGGAUUAUUUCGACAAGAAGUUGGGCGCCUUGAAGCGCGAUAUUCAAGACGAGUUGUGCAGUAAUACCGAUUCUGUAGCCAAAAAGUUCAAAGAAGAAUACAAGAUCACUUUUAGAUACGAAGGUAAUAAGAAACAGUUUCAAUUCAACUCCGACCUUGCAGCGAAGGUAAAGUUGGCGUCAGCUGCCCUCGGAAAGAGAAAAUUAGACCUUGUUAAAACUCACCUGGAAGAACUAGAAUCUGACAUCAAGAAGCGCAACAAACGUAUCAGACUGAAAGACAAAUCCUCCGCCGGUUGGGAUUUGGUGAACGAGUAUUUAUCUGACGAACUGGCUAGCGGGUCAGAGGUCGAGCAGAGGGCCCUUCGUAAACGCAGCCAACGCCAACAGAAAGUGAAGCCAUCCAAGCAAGGUUAUUCACAACUCCAAUCAUCUACCGCAACCACCGCGUUUUUUGGCCAACAUUCAUCAUCCUCCACACCUAUUUCUCGUACUCUUGGCGCUUUCAGCAAACCAAGACCAAGUGAUAUUUGUUUCGCCUGCGGCCAGCAAAGUCAUUGGAGGUCUCUGUGUCAAGUUAAUCCUCAAGCCAGAUCUUCAAGCUCCGGCCGUCCUUUCCUAGGUCUGUUGGUCUUUCGGGCAUUGGAGUUAAAUAGGACCACAGAACUGUCUCGAUAGAGUUUUCAGGCAAGAAGAGGCUUACUCUGGACUUACGUCAUGUCAAUCAUUUCAUUUGGAAACAGAAGUUUGGUUGUGAAGAUUGGAGAGUUUUAUUAUCAUAUGUUAAUAAGGGCCAUUACCUUUUCAGUUUCGAUCUCAAGUCUGGGUAUCACCAUAUCGAUAUUUUUCCGGAUCAACAAACUUUUCUGGGUUCUCCUGGUUUUUUUCUGGUACCGUUCGGUAUUUUUGUUUUGCAUCACUUCCGUUCGCUCUUAGCUCAGCCCCAUACGUCUUCACCAAGUGUCUUAGACCACUCGUUAAGUUUUGGAGGUCUAACGGGAUUAAAAUUGUUGUGUUCCUCGACGAUGUGUGCGGAAAAGGGGAUUCACUGCCUAUGGCCAAGGAAAAUUCAUUGUUUGUGCAAUCAUCCUUAAGCAGUGCAGGGUUUGUUGCCAACUCCGCCAAAUCACUAUGGAACCCCACCCUUUUGCUUGUUUGGUUGGGUCUAAACUGGGACUUAGUUACCGGUACCAUUUCUAUUACCGAUAGACGUAUUUCCGAAUUUAUCGCUCUGAUUGACAAAUUUCUUCUAUCCGCACCUUAUGUUACGGCUCGGGAUUGUGCCGUUAUUGCAGGUCAUGUUAUGUCCAUCAGGGGCACCCAACGGCAAUUUUCGGGAAAAUAUCUGUUCGGUUUGAGAUCUAGAAUUUUCGGAGCAUUUGUUGUAAAAUUUCUUGCUUGCCUGCCUCUCCUAGGAUUUUCGAACAUCUACAAAAUGGUAUAAUUACUCAUUUUUAACGGAUUUUGGAACUAAAAAAGGCUCCCUAUAAUUUUCGGGAGCCUUUUUUUUUUUUUUCUAUAAUUUUCGAGAAGGUAAGUUUUUAUCCCUAUAAUUUUCGGAUCACUAGAUUUUCAGCUAAGAGAUCCGAACAGAUGAAAAAUUUUUAGGGGACAAAAAUAUGCCUAUAUCUACCGUUUGAAUGCUAAAAUACGUUCAACAAUGCUAUGUUAAGUGGUUUUGAACUAUAUCCUCGUUGGGUGCCCCUGGUCCAUGUAGCCAGUUUUGGGUACCAAGUUUUGAGCAUGGUCAUGUAUUGCUAACCUGACUCGUCUCAAAACCCGUUUUCUUUACGAGGUCAUAGAAUCCCGCCAUAGUUGAGAUUCCCGUUUUAAUAUCGGGCUUCAUAAUGAUUGCCUCUCUGAAAUAUUUUUCUGGAAAAACAAUAUCGUUAGUCUUAAUAAGAGACCUAUUUUGCCUUAUUAUCCUCCCCUUUUGUUUAACUAUUCGGACGCUAGCAACGGGGCUUUUGUUGUGGGCACUAAUGAGGUGUCCCAUCGUAUGUGGACUGCUGGUGAAGCAGCUAAGAGCUCUACUUGAAGAGAACUUAAGGCUACACAAUUUGCCUUAAGUGCGUUCAAAGCCUUGGUUCUGGGUAAGAGUGUAAAGUAGCAUUCUGACAGCCAAAUGGACCGUUUGUGCUGUGGAGAUAGGGAGCCCUAGUGCAGGAUUGCAUUAUAUUGCGCUUGAUAUUUUCUAUUUUUGUCGAAUUUACAAUAUUACACUUAUUCCCCAGUGGGUUCCCAGGGAACGUAAUGCUUGUGCUGAGGCGAUUUGCCACAUUGUAGACUUCGAUGACUGGUAUACAACCCCCGAGUUCUUCGCACACUUGGACCGCCUUUGGGGCCAACAUACAGUCGACAGGUUUGCGAAUGCUGCCAACGCCCAUCUUCCCAGAUUUAAUUCUAGGUUUCGCGUACCCGGCACUGAAGCUGUUGACGCAUUUUCAAUCUCGUGGAAUGGAAAGAAUGAUUGGCUAGUCCCUCUAGUCCAC